UCCGAUUAAAGUUUUUCGCCACGAAAUGAGGUCUUUUAAAAAAACUAGUUACAAAAAAACAUCGAUAUAUUGUUCGACAUUUUCCCACCUCUAUUCUUUGAAAUCACGUAAUUAUCUUCGACUUUGAAAAUGUGUAAUAAGGGAUCAAGUCAUUAUUCCAAUCUGUUCUAUCAAGUCGAUCUGAUAAGAUGUUGAAAAAUAUUCUCCAGAAAUUGGAGAACCCGAAGCGGCCAUUACUAGGCCCUAAUGUGAAGGCAUUAAAAUUUUGGGGAUUGUUACUCCCAAAGAAUGUCCUGAUGAAAUAUUUUUACUUGCUAAUGCAUGUUUUAGUAACAAUUUUUACUGCUACGGAGUAUAUAGACGUAUGGUUUGUAAAAUCAGAUAUGAAUUUGCUUCUAAACAAUUUGAAGAUUACAAUGUUAGCUACGGUAAGCGUGACAAAAGUGAGCACAUUUCUAUGCUGGCAAAAAUAUUGGGUCAGCAUCAUUGAGUACGUUACAAGAGCGGACUUAAACCAAAGAUUGACAACAGACAAGCAAAAACUGGAACUUCUAGCCACGUUUACCAAAUACUGCAGAAAGAUCACAUAUUUGUACUGGUCAUUAAUGUACACAACGGUCAUCAUUGUAAUGGUACAGCCGAUUUUCAAGUAUGUUUCCUCUGAGAAUUAUAGGACAAGCGUCAAAAAUGGGACGGACACGUACUUACAAGUCGUCAGUUCAUGGGUACCUUUUGACAAGAAUACUAUGGUGGGGUACCUUCUAGCUUCGGUAUUUCAAAGCUACGCUGCGAUUUACGGAGGAGGCUGGAUCACCUCUUUUGACACAAACUCCAUGGUGAUCAUGGUGUUUUUUAGAGUGGAGCUAGAGUUAUUAAGGCUUGAUGCUAAGGAUAUUUUUGGAACGGAAUCGGCGAAGGUUCCGCAUGAGAUUGCUUUGAAAAGGUUGAAGAAUUGUCAUAGAAGACAUGUUGAGUUGGUCAAGUUUGCCCGUCUAUUCGACUCGUGUCUAUCUCCGAUAAUGUUGCUUUACAUGUUUGUGUGUUCAGUAAUGUUAUGCGUUACUGCUUAUCAAAUAACUAUCGAAACUAGUCCAAUGCAAAGAUUCUUGACUACGGAAUAUUUAGUGUUUGGAGUCGCUCAACUUUUCAUAUAUUGCUGGCACAGCAAUGAUGUUCUAUUUGCCAGUGCAGAUCUAAUGCGUGGUCCAUACGAGAGCAUAUGGUGGACCAGAAGCGUGAGGUACCGUAAGGACCUGUACCUACUAGCUGCACAGUUCAACAAGACCGUCGUGUUCUCCGCAGGACCCUUUACUAAGCUCACUGUGGCUACUUUUAUUAGUAUCCUGAAAGGCGCCUACAGUUAUUACACGCUUCUCAGUCAGUCUCAGAUGAAAUAAGGAUUCUAAUUAUAGCUUUUUUUUUUAAUUAUGUUACCUAGAUAUUACAGGAUGUCUUUUAUUUUGUGAAAGGACAUCAUUCAUUUCGUACCCAAAACUGAAAGUGCCGGCCAGAGAAAAAAAAUAGUAGAUUCUUGUAGAGAAUAAUGCCCUGAAGAUUUUAUACUAUUACAAGAAUCGUCUACAGUUAACCCCCAGGCUGCUAUUUGACUUUGAAAAUAGAAAAAAGUCCAAUAAUGUUUGGAGCAUUACAUUACGUCCCCAAACUGGAGAAGGCAGGUGCUGCCUUCAAACAACUCCUGCCUAACCUGUGAAGUCAUCACCCCCCUCCCGCAGUGGGUUAGCAGC